AUGCCUCCCAAGCGUCAGUCAACUGAGAAUUCUGGCAGCGCCGCCAAAAAGGCCAAGACGGUCGACCCGUCCGACCCUCCCCGGAACAAGCGCUGGUCCAAGGUUUCUGGCUCCGGCAAUGCAGACGAUGGGUACAACCAUCAGAUCAGAAAGCCCGAGGCCUAUGACUACAUUUGCCUGUGCAAGCCGUUCCACCGUUGGGGCUCCGACGGCGAUGACGAGGAAGAUGAAGACGAAGACGAUGAGGAUGAAGAUGAGGACAAUGCAGAGAAGGAGAAAGAGGCCCCUUGCGACAUUGGCAAGACUUGCGUUUGCUUCAAGCCCGCUGCGGAACAUCCCGAGCACCCCUGGGUCAUCACUAACGCAGCCACGUGGAAGCUGAGAACGCUGAACAUUAUGAUCUCCAUGCGUGACCCGGACGCAUUCGGGAUGUACACAUACAAUGACCACUUUGGUUACGGUAUUCUUGAGAUGUUGCAGAAUCUCAUUCUUGAUUUUGAAGAGGCAAAGACCUGGAAGGAGAAGUGGGCUAUCUGCGAGGGCACAGCCUUGUUCUUCGCAAGGGGUAACGCCGAUCCCUUGUGGAUGGUCGAUGACGGCGAGGGCGUUGAAGCUGUCAUCAGUUUGAUUGGAACCAUGUUCGUCACGACGCUGGCCAUGCUGGAUCGUGAAGGUCUCUUAAAGCCCGAUUCGGAAGCGAAGAGCUUAGGUGCAGUCAUGGCGGCAUUCAUCCGUGUCAUUGCCGAAGUAAGCCCGGAUUACGGUAUCGAAGCUGGCAGUCUCAACGCAAAGGUGCUUGCCUACGCCAAGAAGCACAAUAUUGAACUCAAGGCGCUGUCCGACAUCAAGGACAAGGACCACUUCAAGAAUUAUAAAGAUGAGGCUGAUAAGCUCGAGCUUCCUGCGUCUGACGAUAAGAAGGGUGAUCCCUGGGGCUGGAAGAAAGCCUUGACGGAGUACAAGAAACUCUACGGGCCUAAAAUCGGAGGCGAUAAACUUGAUAUUUCGACCUGGACUUCUGCCGAGCGAAAGAAAGCCGCUUUUGAUAAGAAAGAUCCUUUUGACAAGGAGAUGAUUGCUGCGAUCAAGGAUGGUAUGAUCAUGCAACCUGCUUAG